AUGCUAGGACAAGCUCAAUCCCUUGGUUGCCCCGACGUCAACGGCCAGCCUGACACCAUUUGUCUCUGCUCCAACAACAACUUCGGCUUUGGCAUUCGCGAUUGUGCAGUCGAGUCCUGCCCGUCUGGCACGGACACCAAUUCCAUCGUCGUAUUUGGCGUGGCUUACUGUAAAGCUGCGGCUUCCGGUCAAUCUAGUGUGGGAACCCUCUCUGCAACCUCGGCUUUGACUGCAGCUGGAACUGCGACCGGCCCAGCUGGUUCUGCUUCCGGCGUUACUGGCAUUGGUAGCUCUGCGACGGGUACAGGUGCUGCUGGCGCAGGUGGUUCUGGUUCUUCGACUCCAGUCUCCACCGAAACCAUGUUCUCUACCUUCACCACCGACGGCAGCACAAUCACAAGCGCAAUUGGGACUUCGACUAUUCUGGGUGCAGCCGGUGGUGCGGUGGCGUCUGGCGCAUCUGGCGUUUCCGCAAGUGCCUCAUCCCUGGCCUCUGGUGCCUCUGCAACUGCCUCAUCCCUGGCUUCCGACGCCUCUGCAAGUGCAUCGUCUAUCGCUUCUGGCGCAAGCGCCUCGGCUUCCUCCCUGGUGUCUUCUCUCUCCUCUAAGGCUGCAUCAGCUUCCUCAGCCGCCUCCGGCGCCGGUGCUUCCGUCUCUAGCUCUGCGGCAUCUGUUGCCAGUUCUCUCUCCUCGCAUCUAUCAAGUGCGACGGGUUCCGCCGGGACUGCUUCAUCUUCUUCAGCUGGAAACGCCGCAAUGCCGAUGGUGACCAUGGCUACCAACGGUCUUGCUGGUGCUGCCGGGCUCGCCGCUAUCUUGAUGCUGUGA